AAACUCCCCUCUCACACUCCAUACUUAAAGUUGUCUUAAUGGUGCCUGGUAUGGAGACUGGGUUAUUUUUGUUCCAGGAGCGGGUAUUGCAUUCAGCUGUGGUCUCUGAUUUCUUUUAGUUCACAGUUUUUCCUGCACUCUCAUGACCUUAAUGCUUUUGGAGAUUCCCUAACAGUUUUGCAGAAGUAGGUUUAGCAACGUAUGAGAUAUGUCCAGCCGUGGAUGGCCCUUGUUCUGUGAUGCAGACCAGGCAUAUCUAGAUGGUCAUCAGUAUCUAGCCACAACAAUCUCUGGACGUACUCCCAAGCCACACCCCUCACGAGGAUGCCUCCUUUGCUGGGGUUUCACUUUCAUCUUCUAGAUCUCUGGCUUCUCUGGAGCACCCACCUGGAGCUAUGGUCCAUGCUUUCCUCAUUCACACCUUGAGGGCCCCGAAUUUGGAAGAUACAGGCCUUUGCCGAGUUCUCUACUCCUGCGUCUUUGGUGCUGAGAAAUCACCCGAUGAUCCACGGCCACAUGGUGCAGAAAGGGACAGGCUCUUCCGAAAGGAACAGAUUUUGGCGGUGGCCAGACAGGUAGAGUCCCUGUGCAGGCUGCAGCAGCAAGCAUCUGGAUGUUCCUCCACAGACCUUCAGCCUCAGUUCUCAGCGGAGCCUGUGUCCCUGCAUGAGGCCCCUCAUGGAGCCUUUCACCUGGCAGCUGGGGACCCUUUCCAGGAGCCACGGACAGUGCUAUGGCUGGGUGUGCUCUCCUUAGGUUUUGCCCUGGUGUUGGAUACCCAUGAGAACCUGCUGUUGGCUGAGCGCACACUCCGACUCUUGGCUCGCCUCCUUCUUGACCACCUCCGGCUGCUGGCACCUGGUACCAGCUUCUUGUUGCGGGCUGACCGUAUUGAGGGAAUCCUCACUCGCUUCCUGCCACAUGGGCAGCUGCUUUUCCUCAAUGAUCAGUUUGUCCAGGAUCUGGAGAAGGAAUUCAGUGCCGCUUGGCCUCGCUGAUCCCUCACCAGAAUGAGGCUUCUUUAAAUGACAAAGAGCAAGGGUAAAGAUUGCAUAUUGCCAGGGGAAGUUCGACAUCUGCCCAGCCUGCUCCCUACUCUGAUGUAUGACCACACUCGGGACAUACGGAUUGGGCAAGCCUGCAGGAAGAAGGGACCUUGGUAGAAGGCUGUCUGUGCCUAAUAUCAGGCCACUGGAAUUGUAGAGCAUCCUGAAUCUGGAGCUGCCCUGUGACUUCUUAGACUCGGCAGUGUCCACCAUGCUGUCAGUACUGGAGCAAUGUACCCCUGGCCAAGCUCACCGUAGUCGAUAGCCCCAGCACAAAAGGAGUCUCUGAGACCCACUUCAAAGUUGGGGAGUUGGGCUAGUACCCUAGCAAGCCCCGGUUCCUGCCUUUGCACAUCAGCAAGGAUUUCGUCAGCAAGGCCUAUUCUGCAUUCAGCUCCAUCACAGUUCAGAGCAGGGGGAUUCUGCAGCUCCUUAUGUGCCAAGUCUGUCUGCCAGGAGAGCUGAGAGCACAACAGCUUUGCUUGUCUGCUGGCCGGCAGGUGCCAGGCAUCUGGCCCAGGUGAUAUCUUAUUUUGAAUUAAAAAAAUGG